UCUUCCGACAAGUUCCGAUAUACCGUCAAAUGCAAUAUUUCACAAGGACACACAACGCUUCUAACAAUGCGUCGAGCGCUCUGGACUACGAAAUCGUCAUCUCCCACUAUAACGAGAAACUGGAUUGGAUGAAGCCCCUUGCCGAUCACAGUCACGUUUAUCACAAGGGAAAAGACAAGGGACCGUCUUUUGAUGUCUACAAGUGGGAGAAGUUACCAAACGUGGGGAGAGAAGCACACACCUAUCUGUACCAUAUUAUACACAAUUACGACAAACUCGCCGAUAUAACCGUCUUCCUGCAAGGCACGGAUCCUGGUGGAGAGCAUAGAUAUUGGUGCUUUGCCAGUGCGAUGGAGUUCGUCCAGCGAGCCAAGAAACACCAGUACUGCAACAUCAGGCAGCGUUACGGCGGCUGGGGGCGCAUCCGCCAUCUUGGCAAGUGGCUGAAAUCUCUUCAGAACGGCCAGAUGCGGAGAGCGAACCUGACUAUGGGCGAGUUCUACACGGCUUUGUUUGGUACCAAACCACCCGACGGGGUACCAGUAUGUUUAGCAGGAUGUAUCUCUGCUUCGAGGGAAAACCUGAGACGGUUCCCAGUUACUUUUUAUGAGAAGGCCAUAUCUUUUGUGAACGAUCACUCGAACCCAGAGGAGGCCCAUUACUUUGAGAGACUUUGGGCAACCAUAAUCAAUGCCAAGAAAUAGUGAAUUGAAUGGGAGACACUUCCCAACUCGUGGGAAGCUUCCUAACUUUUGUGAGAUGUUGUAAUAAAUGUAUACAACUCUUAGGAGGUUUACCAAACCUCGAAUUUCGCGCGGCGGCUCCGGCAUCAGGAUCUGGCUGCAGGAUUUUGAACUCUGAAUUCAAUUUACUUGGUCUCAGUGAAGGUCAACACGUUUUUGGAUUUCUUAUUUAAUGGGUUUAAUCAUACGUGUCUGGUAACUCGAAAGCCAGAAAUGAAGACAAUUUCCAGAUAAAGCCGUAGUUUGGUAAAUACUAUUAACCCUCAUGGCGGCCAUUUUGAAAAUCCAAGAUGGCUGCCAUGUAGGUGUGUACACAAAUGCCAACAUUGAGUAUUCCCCAUGCUCGGAAGAUUCCAAAAAUGAAUAGUUUGGCUGAGGCCAAAAAAAAAAAAAAAUCGGUCUCUGGUCAGACCAAAGUUCCGGAAUU